UGGGACACUGCAGUGCCAGUGUCUCAUCUGUUCAGUGUGUAGGCACAGCUGCAGAGUUGAUAUUAGGCAUUGUGAAUUUAAAAGGUUUAUGAUUCUCUACAAACUGUACCACAUUUUACAUGAUUGAGAUGGAGAGCACACUUUAUUGAACUCUUUUUACAUGAUUCAGUAAAGAUCAUUGUACAGUAAACCUAUGGUUGACGCUCAUGCUCUAUUGUCCCUUAUGUACUGAAGAAUAGUUCAUGUGAGUGUGGGAUCAUGAUUUACAAGGCCAUUUCACAMCACAAAAAUGUUUUGGAAUUUCAAAAAUAUGAUGCAUGCACUUCAAUGACGUUCUUAUUGUCAAUUGCCUUAGUAUCAUGCUCUAAUUGCCGUACACUGUAGGGAUAUUUACACUCAUUUGCUUGAUGUAACAAUAGUAAACACUCGAAUACUGCAGUUUAUCACUGCAGGCAAAUGAGCAAGAGAAAACAAUGAAGGAGUCAGAUUAUCGCUUAACUCAACAACAGUGCUCUACAGCUUAAUAUCAAAUUAACAAAAUUGGUUAAUUAUGACUCGCUAAAUUAAUUGCCCAAUAUUGAGACAGUGAAGUGCUCCAGAGGUUUAUUUUUCCCCCCUCAAGCAGUUGCUUUGUUUAUUUUUUAUGCUUUAUGAUUCAUAAAUGUUUGUAGUUGAUUUUUAUUAAUAAUUUUCUGUUGUCACAUUGUUUCAUUCAUCUUCCUGUUACAAGUGUGCUAUGACUUAAUUGUCAAGCAGUCAAACAACUGUGAAAAUGUACCUUUAACAUUCAGGUGUAGAUAUUUUGUGGACUAAGUCACUAUUYGUUUUUUUGUUUAGAUAUUUCAGCCUAUUUCUCCAGUACAAUACAGUACGACCACACACAUACAUACAAAUGAUGCUGACCGUAAUCAUAAUCAUUUGUGACUUCAUUGUUGAUAUCAGUCGCUGUAGAAUCAGUGCAAAUAGAUAACAAGUGUAUUUAGUAAUUUUGAUAAACAGAAGUCGCUUUUUUUGUGUGCAAUUGGUAUUGUUUUGAAGAAAAGGCCUGGGAUGUUGGAGUUAAUCCCAGUGCCCUUAACUGCACCAUUAGACUGUUUAAUUGGAGUUGGGAUUAGGGCAGUCAGUCUGGCUACUCAGAUGAUUAAGCGUGUUGCAGGCACCAUGGAGGACACUCACUGGGGAAUACCCGAGGUUGAAUGCUUGAAUAGAAUUUCCAGAUUUAUGGCAGCAAGGCAGAAGAAAGAAGAGCCAAAUCUUAAAAUAGACAAGGGAGAUUUGUUGAAUUGCCACCCUCAGGGUGAGUCCCCCUCACCACAGGCCAGGGCUUUACGCCAACCAUCUGUAAUCUUCAUGGGUCGCCAGACCUCCAGAAGUUACGCGACUGAAGAUGCCACCACAAGUAUACACUUACGACAAGCGGAGCGUCAUUCGCCAAAUCAUCUCUCGCAUGCCUCGGAAUGCCUGCAAAGUGGCCUUUUGAAUGACUCCAAAGUUUCCAGAGAGGUCGUUGCCGACAGCGGAGCAUCUUUAUCAGUUGACAUUUCAGGCUCAAAAGAUUCCCCCGACGGCUGUAAUUUGUGUGACAAACAUGAAAGGACGGCGGCAGUGGUUCCAUCUGUUCGUACCUUAACAGCGAGCGCCGGCGUGCCUUUUGGAGGUGAUGAACAACUGACUUCACCUCGAGUGACCUUGACGAGGCCUGAGAAGAAUAGCCCAUCGCCCGACACUAUCAGCCAUAUGUGGGACAGGAAUUCACCUGCAGAAUACACUCGGGGUAGAGGCUCUGGUCAUCAGGAGAGCAUAAAAGAAGAUGUGGAGAGAGUUCUGCAAAGAUCACCUCCUCAAACUGACUUGGGAAAAGAAUCUCAAGAUGUGCCAGAGAAGAGUGAAACCCUUAGUAGAUCCAGUUCCAGUAUGGAGCUGUCAGUGACCAGCAGUGGUAGUGACCUGUCCAUCUCCCUGACUGAGUCUGACCUGGCUGAGCUACCAAAGGUGCCAGAGGGUGUAGUCCAUGUAGCCAGCCACACCAGGAGGACAGCCAGCCACACCAGGAGGACAGACAGCCCACCACAGAGGAGUGCUAUUCCACCCAGCGAGAGGGAGCUCCGCAGCGCCAGUGUUCACAGUCAAUCACUGGACACUCCAGAGCCUAGGAACAGACCAGAAUCACGUAGCGAAUCCACGUCUCCAGAAAUCCCAUUGAAAAGACUGUCCAUGGAGGGAUUCUUCCAUCUACUGGAGAGCAUCGAAGAACGAUUCCACAGAGGAGAAAGAAGUGUGUACUGUGUCUCGUCACUUGGCGAYAGCAAACGCAAUAAAGUGAUCAGCCUUUGUAACGCCAGGGCAGGCUUGAAUGGAGAGGACCUUGAUGCAUGUGGAGCAGUCGUCCUUCACCAGCUUCAGAGGUUGUCAUGGACCAUSUCAAUGGGUUGCCUGUUACCCGAAGAGCUAGUUAUCUCCAACUGGUCCACCACCGAGGCCAGGAAAAUAAGCUCUCGUCUCCCCCCUGAUGCUGCUCCUCUGUGGGAUCGCUGGUUCAAGCACGCCCUUCUGCUGAAGGACCACCAUGUCCUCACCCCCGAGCGCCUCGUCCAGCUGUUCACUCCACUGCUGCUGCCAUACAAUGCCUCCUAUAGUGCCAAGGCCAAAGUGCUGCUGAGGACACUUCUGUCCCGGUCCAGUGAGGAGUGCCCUUCGGUGGAGAGUGAGUCUUCAUCCUGUGGCCUUCYCUCGUUCCUCAACGACAGCGUUGCGGAGGUCCAACCAGCCAGACCUUCUCAGGAGCACCGCGCCUCAGGGAUGCAAGGACUACAAAGUGGUGAAGAGGACAGCCAAGAYGAGAGCCCCGUGGAAAGUAUUCCUAUUAAAGAGACAAAAGCAUAUCAGCUGCUUAAACAGUCUGCCACGCAGGCAAGGCAGCAGAGCUCUGGAGACGAGGAGGAUCUGUCAGGAAUAAAUGAUGGCCAUGAAGAGAAUACUGUGAGGGUUGAGCGCUCCUCUCAUCAAGACCCUUACCCUUGGAGAGAAACGACAAAAAUGAAAACCUACUCUGCUGUACAGUCUAAAGCUUUUUGGGGAGAAUCAGACGACAGCAACUCCGAGAUAGAAGCAGCUCUGCGUCCUCAAUACAAUACGAACAAUGACAACUCUGAGGAUUUUUAGGRCUGACUACCUGAGAAAAGGGAUUCUUAACAGACGCUGCUGAGAGAAAGCGCUUUAGAGAACAUCUGCAUACUGUUUAUUUUUCUUCCAUUCGUUACCCGACUWAAUUCUAUCUACGUUGUAAAUUGUAUGCAUACUGUAUCAUAAAAAAUGUAUAAUGAUAAACCUGAUACCUCUUACUGUGGUUAAAGUAUGUGAAGAGUUUUCAAACACACCGAUGUUAACCCUGCUUCAGUCUCUUUAUCUGAAUGACUCUUACAACUCAUAAUAACAGCUUGAAAUAGAUUAAACGGGUCUUUUGAAGCGAUUUGUUUGCACUAGGCUGGAAAUCAUGCAUUUUGAAUGCUGCAAGCAUCUCCGAGUGGUGUGCAUCUAGCAUGCUUGAGUGUAGUGACGUUAGUCACCUGUGAAAUGACAAAGAACAAUGGCCACUCUGGAUGUUACCAAACGACCUGCGGACCUGUUGAAGUGGCCUAUCGCCCAGGACAAGAUGUACCGUCGUGUUAACAGAUCCACAAUGAUCACAAUGUAUGUUUUUGAAACUGUUUAGUGAAGUUGAACUUAUACAAAGAUUAUAUCAGA